AUGGCAACCGCAAUGCGCAAUCCCAAGGACUCGAUGAAAUCUACAUGGCGCACUGAUAAAGAGCAGUGGACUGUGUUCCAUUGGUUCUAUGAGGUGCUUGGCAUACAUCCUACUGCCCUUGACCAAGACGUCCCGGUACACGACAAAGACGAGAAGGUGCCUUUCAUGACCGAAUGGCAAACUAACCGCUGGGUCCUUGUCCACGCCUUCAUACCAUUUGCCAUUCACUGGGCCUAUGUCGUCUAUACAGGUCGCAACAUAACCCCAGUCGCCGCUUUCAUUUUCUACAGCACGGCGUUCAAGGCGAUUGGCAUUCAUGAAUUGCAUAUCCUCCGUCGCCUCGGCCACCGACUUGGGUUCUUCGACGGCGACAAGCAUGAGCGAGACGGUGUGCCUGACGUUGGUGUCGCAAAAGUCGUUCAGUCGCUACUUUCGACGUCCACCUUCCGUCCGAUGUUCACAGUCUUCCUGAGCUACCAGACCAACCUACCACCUUCUUCUAUCAACUGGCUUUGGCUACCACUUGAAAUUGGUCUUUAUGGCAUCGUUCUGGACUUUUGGUUCUAUUGGUACCACCGUCUCAUGCACGAUAUCGGCAGCCUCUGGAAAUACCACCGUACUCAUCACCUCACCAAGCACCCGAAUCCACUUUUGACGCUUUAUGCGGAUAGUGAGCAGGAGUUCUUCGACAUUGCGGGCAUUCCUGUAAUGACCUAUUUCAGCCUCAAGCUCAUGGGCCUCCCUAUGGGCUUCUAUGAGUGGUGGUUUUGCCACCAGUAUGUGGUAUUUUCGGAGCUUGCCGGGCACAGCGGGGUCCGCCUUCAUACAUUCACACCAUCGACACUGACUUGGCUUCUGAGGCUUGUCAAUGCGGAUUUGGUUAUCGAGGAUCAUGAUCUUCACCACCGCUAUGGAUGGAAGAGUAGUUACAAUUAUGGCAAGCAGACCCGCCUUUGGGACCGCAUCUUCGGCACAUGCCGUGAGCGCGUCGAAUCCAGACCAGACAAUAUUGACUACAACAAUAAAGUUACGCUGCCUCUGUGGUGA